AUGGCUGAUAGGAUCACAUGUACCAUAUAUGGUAGGUAGUCUCACAUGAGGUAGUUAGUCGUAUUAUGGUAAUUUAGAUGACAUAAUUAUGAUUUAAUUUGCCCUCAGUUUCAGUGAUUUGAUUGUACCAACGUGUAUAUACGUGUAUACUACUGUGGGAACUGUCUAAUAUUUUUAGGACAAAACAAAACUUGCCUUUUUCUUGUCAAUUUUGUUCUUUAGCGGUGAAAAUAUUGCCACAAUCAGCUGAGUUAUUCAAGCGCUCAGUGUAGAUGACUAUUGUUUGCACAUGCAAAUGAGUACGUGACAACAAUACUCCCAUUGUUUUCUAACCUUAAAAACAAUAGUCAGCAGUCAGUCUACAGUCUGCAUUUUACACUGCCCUGUUAUUCAAGAGACCAUAAAAUUUAGCCAAAAGCCACUUGCAGUUUAUUAAAAGCUUUGUUAUUUACCAAAAAGGGAACAAAGCAAGUUUUUUUCUACUUGUGAAUUCCAUGCAUUUAUUGAAAGGACUCUUUACGGUUGAAGACGUUGAAUACUUAUGAUCCUUGGAAUAUAUCAAAAUACCAAUCUUUAUUAUAAAGUAAGAAACUUUUGGCAGGAAUAAUUAAUUAUAGUGCAUGUUUGUUUGUACAUAACUGUACACUAAACAUUCUCUGAAAGGAAUUUGACUUAAACCUGUUUGGUAAUUUGCUCAGAUGGCAUUGUAAAGACAGCCAUACUAGGCUAUCCAUGCAGUGAGCAAGCAUCUUGGGAGAGAGUUGCUGUACAAGGUAAAUUAAGCCUUUGAUACACUAUGUACAUUUGAGAACUGUGUGACAGCUAAUUAAUCAUUGAGUUAUGGAUAAAAAAAAGCUAUUGAGUCCGAUCUGGGCUGGUACUUGUAUAAGCACUGACAGACGAUAACACUUUGGGUUAAGCACUGUGGAGGCUUCUUUUGGCCAACUGAUAUAAUUUUCGGCUCAUUAUGUCAUAGUAGAGGUAAUUGAAUGGCUCAAUCACAUGAAGACCCCCUUUGAUGGUAGUUGAAUAGUUUUUUCCACACUUAAACUAUAUCCAAUUCAAUAACGAUCUCAAAGUCCUGAGCCCUUGAUUGUACCUCCCUUCUCCCUUAAGCCCUUCAUGACAUACAUGUACAGAAAGGCAUAUGUGCUUUCUUACCUCAAUUAGUCUUACUGCUCAAGUUAUAAAGAUUAAUAUUAAAAACUGUCUUUAGAAAAUACGUGUUACUGUGAUAAGUACUAAAUGGUUUUUUGUUUAUUCAUAAGUUGGAGAGAUAAAUGAGGAGGCACAUAGUCUCUACGGAGCAGAACUUGGUACGUUUCACUUCAACUAUGUAGUAUUAUUACUUUUUGCUAAUUCUGUUCAAACCUUUGACCUUCACACCGAUUAUUGGUUUUCCACAAUGGUUCCCUCACAACCCGGCCCAUUUUGGGCAGUUAUUUUAGCCUGGAUCACCAUUCCUGAGAAAUGAACUGUACAUUUUACCCACAUUGGACUCACCAUUAUUAUUACUGACUGACUUUGGCAUUGGGGAUAGUUUAACUACAAAUAUUUUCUGAGUCAUAAAUAUUGCAUUUUGUAAACAAAAUGAAAUACAUAUCAUUAAUACAUGCACAAUUACAGCUUCUAUUGAUAAAUACCGGCAUAUAAUAAUAAGAACACAUACAGUCUUGCACAAUCAUAUACAUCUGUUUAAUUUGUCUUUUAUGAUAAUAUGCAUUAUUAUAAAAAAACAUACACAUAUAUUAAUUAUUAUUGUCCCUAUUAUUGGUUCAGUGGCAGUGACACCUUACAUCACUACAAUACGUAAAGAACUCUCUACAUAAACUGCCAUGCAGUGCUCCUAAGUCAAUUGAUGCUCAAUAUACAGCCCUGCUAUACAACUGAUCAUGAUAAAAAUAACUUUGUAUUAAUAGUAAAUUACUUUUCCAAGUAUUAUUACCCAAUCAUGUAAGCUUGUGCUAUUUGAAAUUAUACACAGAUGCAUGCUCAUAUGGUUCCUCAUUUGACUUGAGGUUAAUGGAGGAGCUUCUCCACUUGAAUGGAGACCUUCACAGGUAUGUGUUAGUUAGUGCGUAUACAAGGAUUUGUUGUUUAAUGGACUUGGUAAUCUGAAUCACCUUUUUGUAAAAAGUCAUCAUUUCAUACACUGUAUUUCAUAGGUUCGAUUACAGAGUCAUUUUGACUCCACACCAGUCUGUAUCCUAAGAUACAGGCCAACCAAAGAGGUAGCGGAAAUUUUAAGGUAGGCAUAGAAUGGGUUAUUGUAAAUAUUAAAGAUUUAUUGUAUUAUGUAAAGGAGUGAGAAGGGUACCAGCUUUGUGUAUAAGUUUUGGCUUCUUCACAGAACAUUAAGAUCCAUGUCUGUACACUAAUGAAAUAGACAUAGGGGCUUCAAAUAAAUUAUAAAUAAGCUGCAAAAGAAAAAGUAUAAGAAAAGGGGGAAACUUCGGGUUUUUUUCUUCUUUCCACAUAAUCAUAUACUAUGAAAACAGAACUUCCUGUUGUUUUUUGCUCGUAGUAAGUACAAAAAAAGCAGUUGCUGGAAUUGCAUGCAAUGUGAGAAGGUGUUCCAUUCAGGUACAUUGUAUGGCCCUGGUUGACUGGUCUCUUUGGAGACAUCACAUAGUAGACAUGAAUGGGAAGAGAUAAUAAAUUUUAAAAUUGUUUUUCGGUAACUCACUCUGAGAAUUGUUCUGGUUGGAAGGUGAAACAAGAAAACCCAGUCCAUGAUUGUGACUUCCCUGUCCACUAGUAUAUAAUCUUUGUUUUCCCUGCUCACUUUGUUUAUAUGCCAAGAUUGAUUGCCUGUUUCAGGCUGAUGAGUUAUUGUUAUUUGGACUUGGUACAUUCGACGAGAACUUAUUAACUUCUUUAUACAUUGACAGAGAACUGAUGUCAGAAUGUAGUGACGUUUUAAGCCAGUGCCACAUACAUGUGGUACUCAAAGGCUCACAAUUUGACAAUGAAGGUAUUGUGAGAUACAUGUAUGUACGCUUCUGCAACAAUUCCUGACUUUCAAUAUCACUUUGGGCCUGCAAAUAACAGCUAUUUUGUAACAAGGCACUAGACUUGUUUUAAGUAAUUAAAUGGUAAUAUAUUUUGCCCAUGGUAAAUGAGCAUAUUAAAAAAACAUUUUCCAUUUUACUGUUGCUAGAGCGAAUAGAAAGAGAGAAAAAACAAACCUUUAACGGGUUGAUUCAGCUUGUGCUGCACAUGAUUUUCUAUUAUACUUCUUCUGGGUGUUUUCCUACAUCAUCCCCGGCUGCCAGUCUCUGCCAAACAUUUGUAUCAUUCUUUAUUCAUUUGCUUUUACUUUUACUUUUAGCAUGUAGAAAUCAUGUGCGGCAGAGCGAGAACGGGGCAGAUGUGGAAGUCAGAGUGUCCCAGCCCACAAUGUCAUCGGCCAACAUGGUAGUUGGGGACAUCAUUUCUGGUAAGUGUGUCAACUUGGUGUAA